UUUGCUGAGACUUUCUACUUCUUGCUCUCUGCAGGAGCGGACGCGUUAAUUAGGAUCGUGGCGAGGCCCAGGUCUGCGCUUCGGUCGGCGAAAUGGAUAUCCCAGGAGUUGCCACGGCGCAGGUGGUUGAGGCCGAAGGCCCUAGAAAAAGGCGGCACUGCCGCGGACAGGUGACUGACGGGGCGGGCCCGGAGCCGCUCAGGUGGAGCCGAAGGCCAAGUUCGCGGCUCUGGAAGGCGGCCGCUGGGCGGCGCUGUGCCCCUUCCGGCCGCUGGGCCUCCCCGCCACGCUGCUCCCGCCGCGAGUGCGGCGUCUGCUCGCAGCACCCCCGCCCGGCCCCGGAGCGCAGGAUGCAGUGCCCCGGCGCCCAGUACCUGGUGAGCGACCGCCCCGCACCCCGGGGCGACGGGGCCCCGGAGGGAAAAAGGCCCCGCGGGAAGGCUAGGGGUCCUGGGAGAGGGUUCGGGCGACCUCCGAGCACGCUUCCGCCUUCCCCAAUCCUCGCGGUUAAAGCCCCCGCCCCGGCCCCGCCGAGUCCUGGGGACACCUGGCGGGAAGGACGUAGGACCCCACUCAGAUGCUGGGGCGGAGGCGAGGGAGCAGCUGGCUGCGGAGCGCAAACUUGGGGCCGCCCGCUGGUGCACGUCCAGGCUUCUGCAGAGAGAACCCCCCGGCAAAGAGAGUGGAGACCUCAGCUUUAUCGGAAGUGCACAGAUACGACAUGGCUAUUCCUGUUCUUUCUCUUUUGGACUGGUUUGAUGUUCAUCACAGGCUACUCCGUGGCAGCAGGUGCCACGGGAAGACUUCUCUUUGGCUACGACAGCUUUGGCAAUGUGUGUGGCAAGAAGAACUCCCCAGUGGAAGGGGCCCCUCUUUCAGGGCAGGACAUGACGCGGAAAAAACAUGUGUUCUUUAUGAAUUCCUGCAACCCGGAAGUCAAAGACGUGAGGCUCAACUCCACCAUCCUCUGUGUGUCCAGAUGUCCCGAAGAGCAGCUCAGUACCCUGGAAGAAGUCCAGCUCUUUGCAGACAACAAUGGGUCCUUCCUGUGUGUUUAUAGUCUGAAUUCCAUCAACUACACCCAGAAUCCAAAUGCAUACUCACUGUGCCCCAGGCUACCAGUUCCCCCAAGCAAGUCUUUCCCCUUGUUUAACCGAUGCAUCCCUCAAACGCCUGAGUGCUAUUCCUUGUUUGCAUCUGUUUUGAUAAAUGAUGUCGACAUCCUCCAUCGAAUUCUAAGUGGAAUAAUGUCAGGAAGAGACAUAAUCCUCGGCCUGUGUAUCUUUGCAUUAGCCUUGUCUUUGGGCAUGAUAGUCACCUUCCGAUUCAUCACCACCCUCCUGGUUCACAUUUUCAUCGCACUGAUUAUUUUGGGACUGUUGUUUGUCUGUGGUGUCUUAUGGUGGCUGUAUUACGACUAUACCCAUGACCUCAGCAUAGAAUUGGACACAGAAAGGGAAAAUAUGAAGUGUUUGCUGGGGUUUGCUAUUCUAUCUACAGUAAUCACGGCAGUUCUGCUCGGCUUGAUUUUUGUCCUCAGAAAGAGAAUAAAAUUGACAGUUGAACUUUUUCAAGUCAUAAAUAAGGCCAUCAGCAACUCUCCUUUCCUGCUGUUGCAACCACUGUGGACUUUUGCCAUCCUCAUUUUCUUCUGGGUCUUCUGGGUAGCUGUGCUGCUGAGCCUGGGGACUGCAGGAGCUGCACGGGUUAUUGAAGGUGGCCAAGUGGAGUAUCAGCCUCUCGUAGGCAUUCGGUAUAUGUGGUGGUACCAUUUAAUUGGCCUCAUCUGGACCAGCGAAUUCAUCCUCGCGUGCCAGCAAAUGACGGUAGCCGGGGCACUGGUCACUUGCUAUUUCAACAGAAAUAAAAACGACCCUCCUGAUCGCCCAAUCCUUUGGUCUCUCUCCAUUCUUUUCUGCUACCAUCAAGGAACAGCCAUAAAAGGGUCAUUUUUGAUCACUCUGAUGAGGAUUCCGAGAACCAUUCUCAUGUACAUUUCCAACGCUCUGAAAGGCAAGCAGCAUGGUGUGUGGUCCAGGUGCGUGUUCAGAUGCUGCUUCUGCUGUUUCUGGUGUCUUGACAAAUGGCUGCGCCAAUUCAACCAGGAUGCCUACCCUGCAACUGCCAUUAACGGGACAGACUUUUGUACAUCCGCACAAGAUGCACUCAAACUCUUAUCCAAGAAUUCAAGUCAUUUUACAUCUGUGAACUGCUUUGGAGACUUCAUAAUUUUUCUAGGAAAGGUGUUGGUGGUGUGUUUCACUGUUUUUGGAGGACUCAUGGCAUUUAACUACAACCGUGCACUCCAGGUGUGGGUGAUCCCUCUGCUGCUGGUUACUUUUUUUGCCUACUUAGUAGCCCAUAGUUUUUUAUCUGUGUUUGAAACUGUGCUGGAUGCACUCUUCCUGUGUUUUGCUGUUGACCUGGAAACAAAUGAUGGAUCGUCAGAAAAGCCCUACUUUAUGGACCAAGAGUUUCUGAGUUUUGUAAAAAGCAUCAACAGAGUAAACGCUGCGAGGGCGCAGGGAGCUGAGCGCUCAUUAAGGAACGAGGAGGGAAUGGAACUCCAGCCCGUGGUGUGAUAGGUGCCCAUUGGUUAGCUGUCCCUGGAAGGUUGCCUUCUUCUAAGAGCCAUUCCACAGAAUAAAUGGUAAGGCUGAUGGACCCUA